AACCUUGUGUAAAAAAUGAAAGGUAUCCAUUGUAAUGGAGAAAACAUUAAUUUGUCUUCAUUUGUAUUGAUUAGAUACACAUAAGCGAAACAAUUUAUAUACAACACCGUUGAUAUCAGGAAAUAGACAUGUCGUGGACUGAUUGCUGUGACUGCACAACAGCUAUAUUUGGCGUAGCUGUGAUUGCUUUAUGCUGGUAUUUUUUCAAGAGACCGAAGAACUUUCCACCAGGCCCACACGGACUUCCUUUAGUUGGUUACGCUCCGUUUUUCAACAACAACAUGGCAGAUGAUUUCAUGGAAAUGAAGAAAAAAUAUGGCUCUGUUAUGUCUGUGCAAAUGGGACGUGAAGAUUGGGUGAUUUUGAAUGACUACGACACCAUAAACGAGGCGUUAGUAAAACAAGGAGAAAAGUUUUCUGGCCGGCCAAGCAACUUUCUAUUUGAUCUAGUUGCAAAAGGCCGAGGCGUCGCUGUUGUUGAUUAUGGACAAACAUGGAAAACUCUGAGAAAAUUCGGCCUAAUGACAUUACGAGGAUUUGGCGUUGGUAAGAAAGGAAUGGAAGAAAAUGUCAUCGAGGAAACUCCACUUCUGAUCGAAAAUUUGACAUCGACGGACAAGCAGUCUUUACAUUUGAAACUUACGUUGGGAAUAUCUAACAUCAUCUGUCGAAUAACCGUUGGGACGAGAUUUGAAUAUACUGACAAGAGGUUCCUACGGCUGAUUGAGAUCUUAAGAAGUUUCUUUGCUGACAACGCUGAUGCAAAGAUGUUGGGUCUGAUAGCGGCUGCUCCUAUCGUUAGAUUUGUUCCACCAUUUAGCGGAUCAAUGAAACGUGCUCAGAAAGAAAUUGAUGAUUUUAUCGAAAUUUUUCGCACUAUCAUUGAGGAACACGAAUCAAAAUUCGACGAAAAUGAUACUCGAGAUUUCAUUGACGCUUUUCUCAAAGAGAUGAAAUCUAAAGGCAAGAACGAUCCAUGUUUCAACAAACUUCAACUCAUUCAAUACAUCAGAGAUUUAUUUGAAGCUGGAACCGGAACAACAAGCAGUACUUUAUGUUGGGCGAUUCUGUGCUUCGCACAUUACCCAGAAUGUCAAGAAAAAAUUGCGAGAGAAAUUGAGAAAACCUUAGGUGAAGAUGGAAUACCUACAAUGAAACAUCGAGAUGAAAUGCCAUACACUUGUGCUUUCAUACAAGAACUAAUGAGACAUAGAACCCUACUACCACUAAGUGUAUUCCACAAAACAAACGAGGAAGCGACACUGAAUGGAUACACUAUUCCUAAAAAUACCACGGUCUGCCCGAACAUCUGGUCUGUUCACUUUGAUCCAAAUCUUUUUGAAAAUCCGAGAGAAUUUCAACCUGAGAGAUUUCUCGACCGUGACGGAAAAUUCGUUAAAUCGAAUCACGUGAUCCCUUUCUCCGUUGGACCUCGACACUGCCUGGGGGAACAGCUUGCCAGGAUGGAAGUGUUUAUCUUUCUGACCGGAAUUGUACAGAAGCUGAGAGUUGUACCUAACCCAGACAAACCCGUCCCUCCCUUUGACGUCGGUGGAUUUAACAUCUUAACUUACGAGGCGCCAGACUUUGACGUGAUUUUUGAGAAACGUUAAUUAGUUUGAGGAAAUCUCAACAAACUUCCAUAUUAUUUUAUAAUUUUUUCCAUCAUAAUUGGAAAAUCCUUGUAAAAUUUUAAUAAAUAUGUAUAAUUAUUAUAAUAAAAUGUAAUAAUAUAAUAUUAAUGUAAUAAUAUGUA